UUUUAAUUCAUUCCUGAUCAUGCAGAUGAAUGAACUUGCUGAUAUUGCCAGAUGUGUAGCAAAUACACCAUCCGUUGAUGAUCGUUCGGUGCCAUAUUUGCUGUCUUGUCUUGAAGACUUGAGACUUGUCAUAGAUCGCAGAAAAUUUGAUGCACUCACAGUAGAAACAUUUGGUGCACGCAUUGAGAAGCGUAUAAGGGAGAAGUACUUGCAGUUUUGUGAGCUAGUCGAGGAUGAAAAGGUUGAUAUAACAAGCACUGCCAUUGAUGAGGAUGCUCUUUUAUAGGACGAUGUGGUUCGUAGUUUGAGAACUAGCCCCUUUCAUUCAUCUAAGG